AUGUGGUUUUUGCUUUAUAACCUCCCUCUGUCUGCAGGAAUGGAUUGGUCCUCAAUGUCUUCUGGAACCGAAGCUGUACGUCGAUUCCAACAGACACACCUUCCUAUUCUCUCCUGUGUUGCGGUUUUACGCGGUCAGGACUCAAUGGAAUACACACGCGAACCGGCUGCGUUUUCAAACGAACUCACCAAAGGUUUAUUUCCCACGGAUCGUUUAUCACCGCGGUCUGUUAUUUCUUCUUCUAUCCGCGGGCAUUCACGCCCGUUCAUGAACUAUCCCCGUAGUCUGUUCUUAGCCUCGAACGGCGGCGGAAUGCGCCUGCCCAACCCAUGCGCAGCUGACAACCCCACCGGGGACGGGGAUGCAAAUGCGGCUAGCAGUGGUGAUACCGUUGCCAGUUUGCGAUACGCUGCCAGUCGAGCAUGGGAAAUGUUUGCCUCGAGGGCCUAUCUACAUCAGUAUGAACGAUACGGACUAGGCACAGAGCUAAUGAUGGACUGUUUUGCCACAGUCGAACAAAUAGCACAUUGUUACACGUCUCUUUCUUGGUCCUAA